GGUCAAGCAACCAUCGACGACGCGACAGACAGACACCGACCGACAGACGGCGACAUUACCGCCUUCUUCAAUCGACGCAGUUCCAAAGGCUGCUGUCGACAAGAGACUGUUCAGCCCUUCCUGUCGCUAGCCGACUUCGAGUGCAGCCAGAAGACUCGGCCAUUUCGAGUGCCUGGGACUCCUGAGCGUCUCCUAUCUGACCGCGGAGGAGCGACUGUGUCCGAUAGAUCAAUAACGAAUUCGAGCACAACAUAACGAUCUACGAUUUCUUUCUACGAUACCCCGCAGCCUCUUGGACUGCUUCUCAAGAGUUUCAAGAACCGACAGCCUUUUCGGCCAUCAUUGUACAUCUUUCGUGAAAAUGGCGUCACAAAACAGUAUUUACACGCCGGGUCAAUUCAUGAACCCAGGCCCAGCUCCUCGACCUCCUACUGACCGACCUCGACUUAAUCUCACUCCCUCUACCCAAAAUCUCCCUGGCAAUAUGUCUCAAAUGAGCAUAAAUUCUCCCAUCACCCGGACUGCCACCUCCACAUACACCGGAUCAACUGUAUCCCUACCGCUGGCUCGCUCAAACACCAAUAUGGAUGGUAUGGGUGGAGUUGCGAUCAUCAAAGAGGGUUGGGCUUCCGUCAAGGAGGGCAAAAACUUCAUCAGUCCCUGGAAACAAAAAUGGCUCAUCCUACGAAAAGAGGCUCUGGAUUUUCACAAGACCGAAGGCGGCAAAAUUUCGUACCAGAUCGUUCUAAAGGAUGUACUUGGCGUUUCCCGAGUCGAGGCUGCUGGUACCAUUUUUGAAAUUAAGCGGGCUCUAAAUGGAUCAUCAACCAACCCAGGCGAGGACGACGGGAUUUCCAAGACGCUGCAGAUCAGAGUGAAGGGCGAUGAUGACUUGUACGAGUGGAUUGACUUCAUAUAUGCGCGCUGCCCGGGUAUGGGUGGUGUUAGCAACCCCACUAAUUUUAGCCAUUCCGUUCACGUUGGAUUCGACCCCCAGACUGGUGAAUUCGUUGGUCUACCUCCCGAGUGGUCCAAGCUGCUCAACUCGUCAGCCAUCACCAAGGAGGACUAUGAGCGUAACCCACAGGCCGUCUUUGAAGUUUUGGAAUUCUACUCAGAUAUCACGAAGCGAGCUCAGAACCCUAGCCAGUACCCUAGUCUCACACCAACUCCUCCGACUAUCUUGAACCAGAACAAGCAACUAGGUUAUGGUAUGAGCGGUGCUAGUGUUGCGCCUCCUCGUCCAAUUCAGAACAACCAGAGGAAUAACAGCUAUGGUACACCUCAAUCUAGCACCCCUGCACCUCGCCGACCAACACCUCCCGAGCAACAGCAGCAACGACAGCAAAUGCAACAGAUGGCUUCCAACUAUGUCGAUCCUCAAUCUCGUGAAGACCAAAGGCAGAAGCAACUUGAGGCUCAACGCCAGCGGGAUAAGGAGCAGCGAGACAAGGAGAUCGAGGAGCAGAACCGUCGGGAUAUGGAGGCUUACAAUGCAUCACUUCCAAAAACGCGCCCAACGAUUGCCCAGCAAGAGGUUGGUGGAUUUGGCGGCGGUAACACGGAUAGGUAUAAUCCAUCCAGAGCUGCACCACCCGCCCCACGACCUCAACAAGGACAGCAAGGUCAACCACAACCCCUCAGAACUCAGAGACAAGCUCCAUCAGCACCAACCCCAAGCAAUGGCAGUCGUCCACCUGUGAAUACGCAGCAAAGCUCGUCAUCCGUCAACCAAAGCCAAAAUGGAGGCUCUCGUUCGCCUGCUAGAGCUGAGAACCAACGCCCACAGGAUCCUCGAUAUCAAAACGGCUCCCAGCCAGCAACACGUGCCCCGACCAAUGGUCAGCAACCACCAUCCCGCCUUCCAGCACCAGUACAGCAAGUCAAGCCUCUCAAUGUUGCUGCUAAGCAGCCCACUGGGGCCAAUGGCAUUCAACAGAAUGACGCUGUCAAGGCGGCUGAAGCUGCUUUGACUUCCAAGCCAACCGCGACCGAACGGAAACAAGAUGUUCGCAUGUCCACCAUGUCCGAGAACGAAGUAAUGGCCAAGCUGAAAGAGGCUGUGUCCAAGGAUGAUCCCAAUUUGUCGUACUCCAAGCAAAAGAAGAUCGGCCAAGGAGCAUCUGGUUCAGUUUACGUUGCUAAGGUUAAGGAGAACCCAGCAUCUCCUGUCGCUCGUGAAGUUAUCCGCCAACAGGGCAGCAAGGCUCAAGUGGCUAUCAAGCAAAUGGAUUUGGCACACCAACCAAGGAAGGAGUUAAUUGUUAAUGAGAUUAUGGUCAUGAAGGACAGCAAGCACCGAAAUAUUGUCAAUUUCCUGGACGCUUUCUUGCGCAACAACUUCACUGAGCUGUGGGUUGUUAUGGAGUAUAUGGAGGGAGGUGCUUUGACUGAUGUCAUUGACAACAACCCAAGCAUAACCGAGGAUCAAAUUUCAACUAUCUGUCUUGAGACAUGCCGUGGGUUGGAGCAUUUGCACAACCAAUCUAUCAUUCACAGAGAUAUCAAGUCCGAUAACGUUCUUCUUGAUGCUCGUGGGAAUGUCAAAAUCACCGAUUUUGGAUUCUGCGCCAAGCUCACCGAGUCAAAGUCUAAGCGUGCCACCAUGGUCGGUACACCUUACUGGAUGGCUCCUGAAGUUGUUAAGCAGAAGGAAUACGGUCCCAAGGUCGAUAUCUGGUCUCUUGGUAUCAUGGCUAUUGAGAUGAUCGAGUCCGAACCCCCAUACCUGAACGAGGAACCACUCAAGGCUCUUUAUCUCAUCGCUACCAACGGUACUCCACGCCUCAAGAAGCCCGAGAAAUUGAGCAAGGAGCUGAAGGCAUUCCUGUCUGUAUGUCUCUGUGUUGACAUCCGAAGCAGAGCGUCUGCUCUUGAGCUUCUUCAACACGACUUCUUGAAGCACGGCUGUGCAUUGGGCAGUCUGGCUGAUCUUUUGGCUUUCCGCAAGCACGCCAAGUAGAAUGCGCAACUUAUUCCAUGAAAGAUAAUGAUCACGUUUACGACAUGAUAUGUUUGUAUUGAAGCAGAUUGGCGGUCCGAUAUUGUUACAUUUCCAGCUCCGCGGGUUGAUAUGCAUUUGUUCGUGCUGGAUCUCACACACUAUUCGGCACGAAUACCGGCGUUACGGGCGGCCUUUUGACUGUGCUCCUGGAUUCUUCUGCAUAGCAGCGCCAGCCCGGUCAGGUCAGCACUAUAAAGCGGUCUUACAUUGUUCUCGGGGAUGUUUUGCAGGGGGGUGUUGUUUGAAAAAUCAUAAAGGACAAACUGGGAUAUACUUUGUUUACUUUCUUCCCGUUCUUUUCCCACCUCUUCUUCGUUAUUUGUCGCCCGGAUAUGGUAGACUUCACACCAUGCUUUGGGUGCUGCAAAUCGAGACAUGGGUUUCAGAGUCGAGCUUCGGAAAGAAGAAAGAAAGAGAGAAAGGAUACGGCGCAUGAUAGGAAUGCAUGGAACAAAAAGAAUUUAAGUAAUG